AUGCGACCUCUCAUCGCCCUCGAGGAGCACUUUGCCUCCCCAGCCGUCAUCGCCUCUAGCGCUGACGCCAAAGCGCACUACGCCCACUUCCCCCCGCAUAUCCUCGACAAGCUGACGGAGUUGGGCGAGACGCGCGUGGCCGACCUGGACAAGGGCCACGUCUCGCUGCAAGUCGUCUCACACGGGCCCGGCAAUGUCGGCGCAGCCGUGUGCACCACUGUAAACGACGAGCUGGCCGCCGCCGUCCGCCGCCACCCCACGCGCCUCGCCGGCUUCGCCAUGCUGCCGAUGCGUGAGCCCGACGCCGCGGCCGAUGAGCUUGAGCGCUGCGUCGCCACGCUCGGCUUCGUCGGUGCGCUGCUCGAGAAUCACCUCGACGGCGUGUUUUACGAUGCCGAGGCCUACUGGCCCGUCUUUGCGCGCGCCGAGCGCCUCGACGUCCCGCUCUACAUCCACCCGACAUUUGCCUCAGACGCCAUGGCCGACCACUACCAGGGCAACUACCCGGACAGCGUGGCGCUCGCCCUCAGCGCCUUUGGCUGGGGCUGGCACGCAGAGACGGGCCACCACAUUCUGCGCCUGUUUGCGGCAGGUCUAUUUGACCGCUUUCCAAAGCUCAAGAUUGUCAUUGGCCACAUGGGCGAGAUGCUGCCCUUUCAGCUCGAUCGCUGCAUCGCCAUAUCGGAGCGCUGGGGCGCUAAAGAGCGCGGGCUUCGCCAGGUCUGGCGCGAGAACAUCUGGGUGACGACGAGCGGCAUGUUUACUCUGACACCGCUCAAGUGCUUGCUGGAGACGAUGCCCAUCGACCAUGUACUAUACAGCGUCGACUAUCCGUUCUCGGCAAAUGAAAAGGGUUUCGAGUUUCUGAACAAGAUUGAGAAGAGCGGCUUGAUCACGGGUGAGGACCUAGACCUGUUUGCAUACAAGAAUGCCGAGAAUCUACUGCGAGUGAAGGCGGCGCCUAAUCAAGACGCGACAAGAUAG